AUGGUACUUCGCAUCCUGAGCCUCACCAUCCUUCUCCCUGCCAGCGGCCAUCUGUGCUUGGAUGCCCAGGGGGGCGGAGUCUCAUUUCUGCAGGCUUCGAAAAAGCUUUGGGCACCUCCUGCCCCCGCACCUGUACCCGCGGCUUCAUCCUCGCUGCCAGAUGAGAACGAGACCCAAACCAACGCCACGAACGCGAGCAACGCCAGCAACGUGACAAUCGACUACACCCAGGCCUUCAACUUCUCCGACAUGGCCGACUUCGGCGGUGAAGAGGUGCAGAACGAGACCCCCAGUGUCCCAUACAGCGAAACCAACAGCACAGAGGAAGUGAUACCCCUCAUCAAGCCCAUUGAGGAUGCCAAGCCCCUUCCAGAACUGGAUGUGGAGAACCUGACCGAAGACCUCAGGGACUGCCUGAUGGGGUUCUGGAGCGAGUGGAGUGAAUGCAGCAAGGGAUUGCACGGUCUGAAAGGACCCCAUCAGCUGCGGCAGCGUUCGAUCAUCCAGCCGUGGCUCCCCGGUGGUGCUCCCUGCGGGGCGCAAUCUGAAGCCCGUGAGUGCGACGUUGAGCAUCACCCGUAG